AUGGAUCCCGUAACAGCAAUCAAUCUCGUGUGCAAUGUGCUUGAUCUUAUUUGUCGAGCAGGGAAGAUAGUUAAGGAAACGUACGACUCAACUACGGGACUACCGAAAGAACAGGAGAGGUUACUCAAUUUUAAUGAGGAAAUUGCUUCAAUUCUUAACGACAUUCAGAAUUCAUGCAUGCGUCUUGAGGAAGUGGGGGAGGCCUCAGACAGUAUGGAUAUCAAUAUCCAGACAGUGGUCAAUAGAUGCCGUGCCCUCUCGUCCAAAAUCACUUCCUUGCUAGGUCGAGGAAAAUCGGAAAAGCCACAUUCGAUAAAGAGCGUUUUGAAGGCUACGGGUAGGCACUUCCUCGACAGAAAAAAGGUUCGGAGCCUUCAGACCGAAUUGGAAAAGAGCGAGAAAUCACUUCAUCUAGCUAUUUCCGCAUCUGUAAAGACGCAGGUUAACCACGUAAUAAAGUCAAUUGCAUUCACCAAGACCGAGACGUUCGGCCUUCGUCAGGAACUCGAAGAACUCUCGUCCAAUAUUACAAGCUCAUCAGACAAUGUAUCUGAUCAAUACCAAAAAAUCCUCGACCUAUUCAAGCGCGCAAAAGAGAAGCAGAGGCUCGACGAUAUCCUAAUGAUGCUCGGUACUUAUUGCAAUGGGAGACAGCUAAACCCAAGAUAUGACGAAUUAUCAGGGGCCUGUGAGAACACCUACGAGUGGAUCUUUCGAGAACCAGAAAAGCUUUUCGCAGUUGAACCAAGCCUCGAAAUAUCAUUUACCAAUUGGCUACGCAGGGGUGAUGGUAUUUUCCACAUUCUUGGGAAACCUGGUGCCGGCAAAUCGACACUCAUGAAAUUCAUCUGGAAACACGAACUCAGGAGUGAAUUGCUGAGUGAGUGGGCUGGCAACUCACGUCUCCUUUCAAUGAGAUACUUCUUCUGGUCCCAGUCCAACCAAGAUGGGAUCCCAGAGCUCGAAUGCACUCUACUGAUGUCUGCUCUUGAGCAGGCCCCCGAGCUUAUAGACUUAUUGGUCCCAAAAAUCGGCAAUCAUGGUGGGGGCCUUCGCGCAGAUGCAGGCUAUGACGAGAUAUCCCAAGCUACUGCUUUAUUAAUGAGCAACUCCCGUGAACUAGGGGAAUAUAAGAUAUUCCUUCUUAUCGAUGGUCUCGACGAGUUCGAGGAAGGAAAAGGAGCUAAGGAUUACCAUGACUUGGUGCGCCUUAUUCGAACAUGGGCUUCUCAAUCGGAGGGGAAGGUCAAGAUAUGCGUAUCCAGCAGAGAAUACGCAGCCCUAACCAAUAUUACAAAACAGAAAAUCAGACUUCAGAAGUUAACCAGGCGCGAUAUGCAGACUUUUGUCACAGAGCGCCUGGAGACACACCACAGGUUUCCAGAACUCAAAGCUCACAUAAAAGACAUCGAGGGUGAAUGCCAGUUCGCUUAUUGUCACCCCCAUGAAUGCCAAAUUUACUGUCUAGUAGAUCGUAUCGUCGAUCUAGCGGAUGGUGUCUUCUUUUGGGUUCAGUUAGUGAUGAUCGAGGUACGAAAACGCCUACAAGCUACUUAUAGUCCUUCUCAAAUCUGGAUACACGUCGAGGCCCAACCGAAACCACUGGUCGAAUUUAUAAAGCGCAUGCUUAAUACCAUCCCCCCUUUAUACCAACGAGAAUCGUAUACUCUAUUGGCGAUUAUUCAUAAAUACAGUCAGAUAAUUUUUGUAACGAAUCCUCCUCAACCAAUAUCACACCUUUUGGCCUUAAGCCUAUUAUAUUUCUGGGAUAAAGUAGAUCAAGACAGUGUGAGACCACAUUGUCAACUUACAAACGCUAGCAACGCCGAGGUACGAAAGAAUCGACGUGUCCUCACAGAAGAAGAGAUUAACGCUCGGUUCAAUGGUCUACUUGAGACAUCUACAAAUAAGGAGACUCCAACGUUUCAGUACCUCAUUUUCGCUCAUCGUUCAAUUAUUGAAGUCCUAAAUGAGGAGAUCGACACCAAGUUGCUAGAACAUGGUGUAACGCAAGCCGAACUGAGCGAAUGGGUUUGCCAGCUGGCAAUGAAUGAGAUUACUCUCUUCUCCGAAUCCAAGGGGAAGUAUGAUAAGUAUGCGUUAUACGGAAAGCUAUAUGGGCUUCUCCAUUUUAUCAGAUAUGAACAACCAUUUGGGGGGCCUUCGGUUAUUCAACAAUUCGAUCAAGUCGAGGACAAGAGUUUGAUGCUCCAAUUCGGGACCCUCUAUCCUUCCGAAGAAAAUGCUGCCCUGGAUGCUAACAAGGAUAAAGUAUGUGCCAAGGUGUGGGCGUAGGGCAUCAAUUUUUCUAUGGGCCUGUAUGAACAAUGGCAAUAUGUCGUUUGCGAAAUCCGAGGUGGUUGUAUUCGUAUCAGCGCUUCUUAAGGAUGGGUUCAUCGGAAAGGAUGUGUUUGGAAAAGAGCCUGGAAUAUCGACAUAUAAACCCGUGUGCCACACUACCGAACCAU